CCUAUAGAUUUGGUGUACGAAUAUGCUCGACGGUACAGUGCAGCAAUGGAAGGGCGAUGAUGGAAAUUUUAGUGGUGAGCUCUACGCAUGGAAGAAAAUUAAAGUUGAGCGAUAUCUUGACUUAUGCGUACAUAUUCGUGAAUUUGAUAUUUUGCCUUUUAAUUUCCGUUGAGCCUGCUGCAUUAACGUCAUUUUCUUGUCACGACGUGCAAUGCGUUCACGGAGUUUGCAAAGAAGGCCGUUGCGUUUGUGACCAAGGGUGGCAAGGAAUUGGAUGUCAGCGGUGUGGUGGUAGAGUAAGGUUAACUAAGCCUUCUGGUUUUAUAAUCGAUGGCACAGGUAACUAUAGUGUGGACAUGCAGUGCACUUGGCUUAUUGAGAGUGGUGCACCUAACAGCACAAUCAGAUUGGAGGUAGCACACUUUGAAACUGAAUGUAGUUGGGAUCAUCUGUAUAUUUUUGAUGGUGAUUCCGUAUUUUCUCGUUUGCUAGCAGCUUAUAGUGGCGUAUUAGUAAGAUAUGGUACACCUUCAGAUCGACUAUCUGAAAUUGUGGCCACAUCUGGUAGUGCAUAUAUUUACUUUUAUAGUGACGCUGCAUAUAAUAUGAGUGGUGUGAAUAUUACGUAUAGCAUAAACAGUUGUCCUAAGAAUUGUUCAGGUCGUGGUCCAUGUGUUGAUGGCUUUUGUACAUGCUGGGCCAGUUGGACAGGGGAGGCAUGCGAUGUUCCCAUUUGUCCUCAUAAUUGUCAAAACAAUGGUUAUUGUGAUCCUGAGCACCACAAGUGUAUUUGUAAACCAGCCUACACUGGGUUUGACUGUAGUUUUCGAAUUGAUGAGGGCUGGUGGGCAGAAGAGCCUGCAAAAGUCAAGAUUCAAGGAAGAGCUUUGCAUGAAGCAGUUGUUAUUGGUGAUGAAAUGUGGGUUAUUGGAGGAGAAAACUUUCAUCACGCUAGCUUUCAAAACAUGAUAAGGUAUAAUUUUGUUAGAAAAACAUGGAAAAUUGUGUCAAAUAACUCUUCACUUGAGCCUUUAUCAAGGUAUUGUCAUUCUGUUGUUGCUUAUGAGGGUAAUUUAUAUAUGUAUGGUGGUAUGUUGUAUAAUGGAACUGUUCUUAAUGAGUUAUGGCUAUACAACACAUCGGAGCGUUCUUGGCAUUCGUUAUCUAAAUUAACAACAGAUCAGAAUUGUCAUUCAGAGCCAUGCAGUCCAUUAGCUUCCAUGGGGCAUACAGCAACUGUAGUUGGAAACUACAUGAUUGUGAUUUUUGGUCAUAACCCUGUGUACGGCUAUCUUAAUACUGUUCAACAAUAUCAUUUUGGUUCUAAUCACUGGGAGUUAGUGUCAACAAAGGGAGCCAUAGUGAAAGGUGGUUAUGGUCACACGAGUGUGUAUGACCGCGGAACACAAAGAAUAUAUGUAUAUGGUGGUUAUCAUUCAUAUGGAGCUGAAGCUGCCCUUGUUGAUUUCCUUUAUGAAUAUAAUUCAUGGGAAUAUACAUGGGUUCUUUUGACUCCUAGUCAGUCACAUCGAUAUUUGCAUAGCAGUGUGAUUUUGAAUGGUAUGAUGCUUGUAUUUGGAGGAAAUACACAUAAUGGUACCUCCUAUAGCAAUGGUGGCCAGUGUUUUUCUGCUGAUUUCCAGGCUUAUGAUAUAGCAUGUGAUACCUGGCACACAAUGAAUUUUCCUUCUAUUCAUAAUCAAAAUAUUGCCAGAUUUGGUCAUACAGCUGUGGUUUAUAAUGGAUCAAUGUAUGUGUUUGGUGGAUUUAAUGGACAGAUGUUAAGUGAUAUACAAAAAUUGACUCCAGGUUCCUGUGAAAAAAAUGCCAACAGUGGAGCUUGUGAGAAAGCUGCACCUGGAAUUAAAUGUGUAUGGAAUUUUGAAAAGAAAAUAUGCCAACCGUUUUCUGUAACUUCAAAAGUAGCAUCAUAUCACACAUGUUCUAAAAGAGGAGCAAAUGUUACAUCCUUGUGUGGUCGGUUAACUUCAUGUCCAAGUUGCUUGGAAAAUACAUAUGGAUGUGUGUGGUGUGGUUCAUCUUGCUCUCAUGGUCGAUGUGGGAAUAAAAUAAAGGAGACAAGCAUGCUUGAAAGAUGUGAAGUUGCAGAAAGUAGUAACUGUGAUAAAUUACAUAACUGUCAUGCGUGCCAUACUGAAUAUCAUUGUGGUUGGCAAACAGAUGAAAAGUGUUACACAUUUGUUCGUGAAUCAAGUAAUGGUACAGAAAAAGCAAUUCUGACUGAUGAUUACAGAGUGAAAUGUGAAAUCCCAUGCAGCAGUAGAUACACUUGUGAAAAUUGUACUCAAGGCCCUUGCAUGUGGUGCAGUAGUCAGCAGAUGUGUAUUGAAUCAAAUGCAUAUGCUGCUGUUUUCCCCGUUGCCCAGUGUAUGGAAUGGACAACUCAGAUGACAAAAUGUCGUGGCCUGAAUUGCCGUGACAUUCAAACUUGUGAUCAGUGCCAGAAAAAUCCUCGCUGUGGCUGGUGUGAUGAUGGUAGUGGUACAGGUUUAGGAGUGUGUUUGGAAGGCUCUGCAUCAGGCCCAGUUGUGCUAAAUACUGCUGUGUAUUCUUUAAAUAACACAAUUUGUCCUGCUUCCCAGUGGUAUUUUACAUCUUGUCCUGCCUGCCAGUGUAAUGGACAUAGCACUUGUGUUAAUGGCACUGAUAAAUGUAUUAUGCCAUGCCAGCAUCUUACAGAAGGUAUGCUGAUUUCUUAACAUUUACGGUUUAGUUAUAAACAUUAUUUUUUAACUAUGCUAAAUUCAAAUAAUAGUUUGGCAACAAAAUCAUCAAACCACAAAACUGGAAUUCUGUUUAUUGUUAGGAAUGGGUGCAUGUAAUCAUCAAUGGAUUUUAGAGAGUGAAUUCUUAAAAGUUAUUUUCUUUGAAAAUCUUCUAGAUGCAGAAUCAUACUUUUUGCAUUAAAAUUAAAAAAAAAAAAAAAAAAAAUAAAAAUAAAAAAAAAUAAAAAAGGUGUAUUUUAUCUUACUUGACUAACUCUUGUAAAGAAUUCAUUGGCAAUUUCGUUUAUGUACAUCUUCCAGGGAGAAUUUUAAUAUUUUUCUACAAAUAUAUUUAGUUGAAUGAUUAAGUUUUUCUAUCCUUAUUUAGUAAAUAAGCAAUGUGCAAAAUCAUUUCAGUAUACAUGUGAAACGUUUAUCUGUAUAUCUAUAUGUAUAUCUGAUCUUAUUUCACUUAAU